AGCAGGUCCUCAUUCACCUUCAUUAUGAGGGGAAUCAUAUUCACCCUUGUGUUCACCCUUGUAGGUAGCCAGAAGUUUGACAUUGACCCUGGAUUUAGUAGCAGAAAGACUUACGUUUACAGCUAUGAAGGCUUUAUGUUGAAUGGGCUUCAAGAAAGAAGUUUAGCCAGAGCUGGCUUGCGCUUGAGCAGCAAACUAGAGAUCAGUGGGCUAUCAGAGAAUACCUAUCUCCUCAAGAUCCGCUCCCCACAACUGGAGGAGUACAAUGGAAUAUGGCCCAAGGAUCCAUUCACUCGAUCUUCAAAAAUCACCCAGAUGGUGUCUUCAUGUUUUACCCGACCGUUCAAGUUUGAAUACAGUAGUGGGCGGGUUGGAAACAUUUAUGCCCCAGAAGACUGCCCUGAUCUGUGUAUUAACAUAGUGAGGGGAAUGCUGAACAUGAUGCAGAUAACUAUUAAAAAAUCACAGAAUGUGUAUGAAUUGCAAGAGGCUGGUAUUGGAGGUGUUUGCCAUACAAGGUAUGUUAUCCAGGAAGACAGGAAGAAUAGCCGAGCGUCUGUUACCAAAACCAUAGACCAAAACAAUUGCCAGGAAAAUGUGAUGACGAGUAUUGGAAUGGCUUACAUCCGUCCUUGUCCUGUGGACAUGAUGAAAAGAAGGCCCAUAAAGGGGACUGCAGCUUUCUCAUACAAACUAAAACACUCAGACAGUGGUACCCUUAUAACAGAAGUUGCAUCACAGCAGGUGUAUCAGAUCUCACCAUUUAGUGAACCUACUGGUGUUGCUGUCAUGGAAGCAAGACAACAGCUUAUCUUGCUUGAAGUGAGAAGUGAACGAGGAAAUGCCCCAGAUAUUCCCAUGCAGAGCCACGGAAGCCUUCGUUACCAUUUCCCAUCAGUAUUGCCACAGAUGCCACUUCAGCUAAUCAAGACAAAAAACCCUGAGCAACGGAUAGCAGAAACACUGCAACACAUAGUACUGAAUAACCAGCAAGAUUUCCAUGAUGAUGUCCCGUACAGAUUCUUAGAGCUUGUCCAGCUCUGCCGGAUAGUGAACACUGAUGCUCUUGAGUCUUUCUGGAAACAAUUUUCAGAUAAACCUCGUUACAGGCGGUGGCUACUGAGUGCAAUUUCUGCAACAGGCACAACAGAAGCACUCAAAUUCAUCAAGAACAGAAUUCGCAAUGAUGACCUAACCUAUGUUCAGACUCUUCUGACAGUUUCUUUUGCUCUCCAUUUAAUGAAAGCUGAUGAAGACACUCUUCCAAUAGCAGCAGAUUUAGUGACCAGUUCUCGAAUUCAGAAAAGUCCCAUGCUUCAGCAGGUUGCUUACUUGGGAUACAGUUCUGUCAUUAGUAGAUACUGUUCUUGGACCUCAGCUUGUCCUAAAGAAGUUCUUCAGCCCCUCCACGACUUGGCAGAUGAAGCAAUCAGCAGGGGCCGUGAAGAAAAAAUGAAGUUAGCACUGAAGUGCAUUGGUAAUGUGGGAGAACCAGCCAGCAUAAAGCGCAUCCUGAAGUUCCUUCCAGUUUUUUCAUCAAGUGCUUCUGCUAUCCCAAUCCAUAUUCAGAUUGAUGCCAUAAUGGCGUUGAGAAAAAUAGCUUGGAAGGACCCCAAAACAGUGCAGGGAUAUCUCAUCCAGAUCCUUGCAGACCAGUCACUUCCCCCUGAAGUACGAAUGAUGGCUUGUGCUGUUAUCUUUGAGACGAGGCCUGCCCUUCCUUUAAUAACAACCAUAGCUAACGUGGCAAUGAAAGAGAGCAAUUUGCAAGUGGCCAGUUUUGUAUAUUCCCACAUGAAGGCUUUGUCAAAGAGUAGAUUACCAUAUAUGUACAACAUAUCUUCUGCUUGCAAUAUUGCACUUAAGCUGCUGGCCCCCAAGUUGGACAGACUAAGCUAUCGAUAUAGCAAGGUCAUUCGUGUUGGUGGUUACUUUGAUAACUAUAAAGUUGGUAUUGCUGGAGAUGUCUUUAUUAUGAACAGUCCAGGAACAAUGUUCCCAUCAGCAAUAAUUUCCAAGUUGAUGGCAAACUAUGCAGGUUCAGUGGCUGAUUUGUUGGAGGUUGGCGUUCGAGUGGAAGGCCUCACAGAUGCCAUAAUGAAACGAAAUAUCCCAUUUGCUGAAUAUCCCGCAUACAAAAAGAUAAAGGAGCUUGGAAAAACUCUGCUAGGAUGGAAAGAGCUGCCAGCAGAAACCCCCUUGAUAUCAGCUUACUUGAAAAUAUUUGGCCAAGAGUUGGCCUAUGUCAACAUCAACAAGGAUGUCCUGCAUCAGGCUGUGAAGACUAUAGUAGAAUCUGCUGAUAGAAACACAGUAAUGAAAAAAAUCACCAGUCAAAUACGUAAUGGCAUUGCAGGACAAUGGACACAGCCAGUAUGGCUUGGAGAACUUCGAUAUAUUGUCCCUAGCUGCAUUGGUCUGCCACUGGAAUAUGGAUCAUACACUACUGCUCUGGCACGUGCUGCAGUGAACGUUGAUGGAAAGAUGACCCCUCCUUUAACUGGAGAUUUUCGACCUUCCCAGUUACUUGAAUCCACCAUGCAGAUUCGGUCUGACAUAAGCCCAAGCUUAUAUAUACAUACAGUUGCAACAAUGGGUGUCAAUACAGAAUACUUUCAACAUGCUGUUGAAAUUCAAGGCAAGGUCCAGACAAGAGCUCCAAUGAAGUUUGAUGCCAAGAUAGACAUGAAAUUGAAAAAUGUUAAGAUUGAAACAACACCAUGCCGUGAGGAAACUGAGAUAGUGAUUGGAAGACAUAAGGCUUUUGCUGUAUCAAGAAAUAUAGGAGAACUAGGUGUAGAAAAGAGGACCUCAAUUCUCCCAGUAGAUGCUUCAUCAAAUAUUGUGGAAGAACCUUUCAAACCGUCAGAGAGAACUUCCAGGGAAGGUGUCACAAUGCAAGGGGCUGACAGCAUGCCAAGGAAACAUUCCUAUAGCUCUCAAGAGGAUCUUCUCCAUGGCACAGGAAGAAAAACACAUAAACGAGACAUUUGUAUCAAACUGCAUAGUCUUGGUUGCCAGCUCUGCUUUUACAGAAGGUCACAAGAUGCUAGUUUCAUAAAAAAUACCUAUUUGCACAGAUUAAUCGGAGAACAUGAAGCUAAAAUAGUUUUGAUGCCAGUUCAAACAGAUGCUGAUAUUGACAAAAUACAGCUGGAGAUUCAGGCAGGAUCCAGAGCAGCUUCCAAAAUAAUAGGCAUGGUAAACUCAGGGUCUGAGGAAGAGGAUGCAUCAUCUCCAUAUGAGGACAUCCAAGCUAAACUAAAGAAAAUCCUAGGCAUUGAAAAAGUGUUCAAGGUUACAAAUAAAACACGACACCAGAAGAAGCCUUCUAAGAAAGAAAACACCAUGUUAACAGAUCUCAGGACAGACCCCAGUGCAAAAACUCCCUCUGACUCAUCUUCUGCCUCCUCUAUUGUCUCCUCUUCUUCCUCAUCAUCUGCUUCCUCUCUCGAUCAUAAAAAGCCUGUGGAUGGAGAUGAGAAUGGUGAAAUAAAGCAACCUAGAAACAAAGAUACAAGCAGCAAGAGCAGCAGUGGGAGCAAAAGCAGCAGUGACAGGAGUAGCAGUAGCAGCAAGAGCAGCAGCAGCAGCAGCAAAAGUAGUAGCAGUAGUAGGAGCAGCAGCAGCAAAAGUAGUAGCAGCAGUAGCAGCAGCAAGAGCAGCAAAAGUAGUAGCAGUGGUAGCAGUAGUAGGAGCAGUAGCAGCAAAAGUAGUAGCAGCAGUAGCAGCAGCAAGAGCAGCAAAAGUAGUAGCAGUGAUAGCAGUAGUAGGAGCAGUAGCAGCAGUAGUAGGAGCAGCAGCAGCAAAAGUAGUAGCAGCAGCAGCAAGUCAAUGAGCCACCAUAGCCAUGGGCAUCACUCAGGACAUCUGAAUGGCAGCAGUAGCAGCAGCAGCAGUAGCAAGUCAGUGAGUCACCAUAGCCAUGGGCAUCAUUCAGGACAUCUGAAAGACAGCAGCAGCAGCAGCAGCAGCAGCAGCAGCAGCAGCAUGUAUUCCAAAAUAUGGGGACAUCAUGAGAUUUAUCGGUACCGUUUUAGAUCAGCACACAGGCAAGAGUUCCCAAAAAAGAAAGUCCCAGCUGACCAACUUACCAGCAUGGACUCGUCCACAAGAUCCAGUUAUGCCACAUCUCAAGCUGCUUCCCGGCCCAAGUUUUUGGGAGAUGUGAAAACACCAGUAUUAGCUGUUUUUCUUCAUGGCAUUCGGAGCAAUAAGAAGAUAGGGGGCCUCCAGCUUGUGGUAUAUGCUGAUAUCUACUCCAUCAGGCCCCGGAUGCAGGUAUUUGUGUCAAACCUCACAGAUUCAAGCAAGUGGAAGCUCUGUGCUGAUGCUUCAGUCCUCAAUGCUCACAAGGCAGCGGCUUAUCUGAAAUGGGGCCGGAAUUGCCAGGACUACAAAAUUUCUACUGAGCUGGUAACUGGACGGUUUGCUGCUCACCCUGCUGUACAAGUGAAAUUAGAGUGGCCUAAAGUUCCUUCAAGUGUCAGAUCAGUAGCAGAAGGGUUUUACCAGUUUGUCCCUGGAGCUGCAUUUAUGCUGGGGUUCUCUGAAAGAAUGGACAAGAACCCUUCUCGACAAGCCAGGGUGAUCAUGGCUCUAACUUCUCCAAGGACAUGUGAUGUUGUUGUCAAGCUUCCUGAUAUGAUCCUCUAUGAAAAAGCCAUGAGGCUUCCCUUGUCACUCCCUGUAGGUCCAAGGAUAUCGGCUUCAGAGCUGCAGCCUCCAAUCUGGAAUGUCUUUGCUGAAGGCCCCUCUGCAGUACUAAAUAAUUUGAAAGCUCGCUGCUCAGUUUCCCUCAACAAGAUCACAACCUUUAAUGAAGUUCAGUUUAACUACACAAUGCCUGCAAACUGCUACCAUAUCUUGGCCCAGGACUGUAGCUCGGAUCUCAAGUUCCUGGUGAUGAUGAAGAAUGCUGGAGAAACUCUAGACCUUAAAGCAAUCAACAUCAAACUUGGCAGUCAUGAGAUUGACAUGUAUCCUGCCAACGGGCUUGUGAAACUAGCUAUAGAUGGGGUCGAGAGCCUCAGGACAAAUGUUUCAUACUCAUCUAAUGCUGGUCCUUCUCUGGAGAUCCACAGUGAAAAACAAGGACUUGUACUUGUUGCUCCAGCCUACGGCAUUGAUAAAUUGUACUUUGAUGGACACACGUUCCAGAUUCAAGUUGCUUUAUGGAUGGCAGGGAAAACAUGCGGCAUAUGUGGAAAAUAUGAUGCAGAAUCUGAACAGGAAUAUCGGAUGCCCAAUGGAUAUCUAGCUAAAGAUGCAGUCAGUUUUGUGCAUUCUUGGAUUUUGGAAGAAAAGCCUUGCACAGGAGCUUGUAAACUGCAACGCUCAUUUGUGAAGCUUGAGAAGACAGUUCAGCUUGCAGGCGUAGAGUCAAAAUGCUAUUCUACCGAGCCUGUGCUACGCUGUAUGAAAGGAUGUUCAGCCACUAAGACUACUCCAGUAACUGUUGGUUUCCACUGUCUCCCAGCUGACUCAGCUACCACUGUGACUGACAAACAGAUGAAGUUUGACCAGAAGUCAGAGGAUAUGCAGGACACUGUUGAUGCACACAUAGCUUGUUCUUGUGAGGAUGAAGACUGCAGUACAUGA